CAACACAACACGGCUGACGGCACCUGAGCGCGGGGAGACGACUCUGACGACUGAACACUGGACUGCACUGGACUGGUCUGACUGGAUAGAAGCUCUUUACGACGCUCCACAAUGAAUACCUCGAUUGCAAGCAACGUUUCAGCUCCGUCUCCCGACGCUGCCAAUAAUAUGGAACUGCCGAGGAGUCAGAAAGUCACGAAAAAAUUGUGGGUAGAUACGAAGUCCUUGAACGUGCCAAACGUGCUGGAUCCAGAUGACUCCUUGAUGAAGAAAUUCCAAGAUGCUCUGCGAGAGCAUCUCGUCCGCGUCGACAAUAGGUUGAACAGCGAAAUAUUAGAGCUUGAGGCUAAUAUAAAAGCUGUGGAGAAGGAACGUGAGACAGAGGGUUUACAGUUGUACUACGCCCAACAAGAGAUAGCCCAGCAGCAAAUGACAAUUGAGAAGUAUCAAAAUAUGAUAGCGAAUGUGAUUUCGUUGCGCGAGGAGAAAGACACGUACGUGAAGGGUGCGAAGGACGUUCAUAAGGCUACCCACGCUAAAUUAUCCGACGAGAGGAAGAAAGAGGAGAAUCUCAUGCGGGAAUUGGAGCAGCUUGCUGAUUUGCAAGCGCAUUUCUCGGAGUUGCAAACGGAGCUCGAGGGUAGCUUGGCCAUUUCUAAACAGGUGUCGAAGAAGGAUAAGGCGAUCCAGCGAGAUCUGAUCGUCCAGAAGCAGCAGAAGGACUGCAUAAUAUAUAAGCUCAUGGAGGAAGUGUGGAGAGUCAAAACCGAGAUAGCCAAUUUGGACAUGCAGUUGCAGCUGAAGAAUAAAGAAAAAAUUCAGAUAAAUCAGAUGAUCGCCGACGUUAAUGCCGAUCUGGAAGCGUUGCAUAAGCAGCACAUGAAUCUGUGCAACGCCUGGAAUUCCGUUGUGCUGAAUAUCACCAGGCGGAAUAAAGUUUACGAGCAACUAAACACAGAGCGUGAGAAACUAUGCGAAUCCUUCACUACGUUACAUACGGAAAUAGAGAAAUUGAAGAAAGAAACUUAUAAGGAAACAGAGAACAAUGAGAAUCUGACCUCGUUGCACAUGCGAUUAGAAAACAAUAUACAGAUUAACACGAAAUUGAUGGAAAUGGGAAAUGACAAGCUCAGUAAUUUGGAAUCUGAAUUAGUAAAAGUGGCAAAAUUUAGUGAACAGGAGCAACACGAAUUCGAUUUAGCUAAUAAUAAAUGGCGAUAUUUGUUACACGAAGAGGAAGAAACGGAUAAGGAAUUUGCAAAAUUUCUGAAUAAGCAAAACGAGCUGGAAAGAACAAUAUACAGCAAACUGGAGGAAAAAGUUGCGCAUAAUAAAGCGGCGCGAUAUUUGAAUAAAUUAUUGUUAGAUUCUAAGGAGACAAUGCAAGAGCACGAAUUGUUAUUAGUAGAAGCGGAAAACUCGUAUGGCAAAAAGUUACUGGAAUUGGAGCAACUUAAUUUGUGGAAGUCUCAUGAGAAGGCGGAGUUAGAGGAACUCGUGCAAAGUAAUAACAAAAAGGGAAAAGAGAUAGAUGAGAUUCAGAAAGAGAUCAAGAAGUAUGACACAGCAAUCGAGAGGAGACGAGUAAAAGUUAUCAGCUUGAAUAAAGCCAUUGAGGAGAUAGUGUCGCAUAGAGAAAAUGGCGAGGUAAAUCCUCUUGACACGAAGAUAAGAACCUUGGAAAAGAAUAUAGAAGAAAUUCAGCAGAGUAAUCAGAAAGCCCAGCAGUUAUGGAUUCGCCGAGAAGGCUAUAUGAUCACGCUGAGUCAACAGAGAGAUUUACAAUUGCAAGGACUUAAUCUUCAUAAUAAAGAAAUUAUGAUUAUGGACCAAAAGAAUUUGAAACUAGAGCAUGCUUUGGACGUGCUCAGUAAGGAGGAAUCGAACAUGGAGAGAAUAUUAAAUCUUCUGCAGCAAAGAGUGGUACAAAUGAAUGCGCAAUUGGUAAUACAGAAAGGCCUGAAAGAGGAGUUGGAAGACAAAAAUUCUAUCGCGAAAACCGAGGGGAUCCAAUCUCUCGAAGAUGCAGAAUUAAAUCUGAUAAAGCUGCAGAGCGAUUUGAAACAGUCGUAUGAGGAAAAGGCACUUUUGAAGGACAAUUUGGAUGCGGUGCAACAAGAAAGUUUAGCGUGGGAAAAGAAAGUGCAGUUAAUGCAAGAAACAGUAAAGAGAUUGAAAGACGAACGCAGCAGCGAUGGCGAUAUCACAGCGAUGAAGAGUGAAAUUCAUAAAAUGGAAAUGCGCCUGUCGCAUUUGCGUAGGGCGCAAGAAAAGUUGAUCCACGACAUGGAGUUUUGUGUCGCGCGAAGGGAUAUAAUAUUGGACAAAGUUAUGAGCAAAUUUAAGAAAGAUCCCAAGGGGCAACACAAUCAGAAAGUUAUAUUCUGCAAACGUCUUGCAGAUCAAAAGUUGAAGAUAAAACAAACCGUGAAGGAUACAAGAAAGAUUGAAAAUAGAAUAUUGGAGUUGGAAGAUCAAAUGAAGAAGACAGUGGAGAAAUGUAACGAAUCGCAGGCAGCACUGAAAAUGGUAGAAGGUGAUAUUCCAAAUGUGGAUCAAGGGAUUAUGCAAGUAGAAGCUAUUAAAUAUCACAAUUUGCAGGCAUUAGUUUUCAAGCAACGAAAAGCUAAAAUGCUGCAAGACAUUAAAAGUGGCCGAUACAAAAUGUUUUUCAAGAGUGAAGCUACAUUAAAUGAGGAAUUCCAAAAUGAACAGAUUCUUCGUGAUUAUUUAAAGCAUGUAAUGGAACGCACGGGUCAAGAUUUCCCUUUAUUGAAAAAUAAUAUUCAAAAAAUACUUUUGACAUUAGAAAUACUAUAAAAAUCCCAAUAAUUAUAAAAAGACGAAACGACGCAAUAUAUUUUAUAACAAUAAUUGUAACUGUUUAUAACAACUGCAGUAAAUGUGUUUUUGAUUGUA